AUGCCGACUCUCGAAAUGUACCAGGGGCAAGUCUAUCUGUGGCACUAUGUGCCCAGUCUCCCCGCCGCUAUUGCCUUUACCGCCCUAUUCAGUCUCGUGACCACAGUUCACACCUGGAAGAUGAUUAAACUGAGAAUGUGGUUUUGUGUUCCGUUCGUCAUUGGUGGCGUCUUCGAAGUGAUCGGCUACAUAGCCCGAGUGGCCUCCUACUACUCUACGGGCGCCUUGGGCCCGUACCUGAUCCAAGCCAUCUUCCUAGUCCUCCCCCCCGUCUUCUUCGCCGCAUCACUGUAUAUGGUGUACUCCCGCGUUGUCCGCGCCGUCCACGGCGAAACAUUCUCGCUCCUCCCACCGCGCUGGGCCAGCGUCAUCUUUGUCUCAGGUGACUUGCUCUGCCUCAACAUCCAAGGCGGCGGCUCCGGGAUGCUCUCCCACCCAGGACAAGCCCACAUCGGCGACGACAUCAUCGUCGCCGGACUGGGCAUCCAGAUCCUGGUGUUCGUCGCCUUCAUGGCGUGCUGUGUGUCCUUCAAUAUCCGAUUCCGAGCACACGUCGUCGAGACUGGCGCAGCGCGUGAUAUCCCGUGGCAGGCUUGCCUCAACAUGCUGUACGCGACGUCGCUGGCUAUUCUGGUGCGGAAUAUUUAUCGCAUGGUCGAGUUUAUAAUGGGGCACGGCUACCUUUUCGACAAUGAGUGGCCGACGUAUGCAUUCGAUGGGGCAUUGAUGCUGCUGGUGAUGAUCGGGUUCUUUAUUUGGUAUCCGAGCCAGCUGACACCGCGCGACUCAACGACGGACUCGAUGAUAGAGCUCACGAGUGAAGGGGUUGUCUCUGCAGAGCAUAGACGUUCUGUGAAGCCAUGAGAGACUACAUGAUAGAGUUUACAUAAUGACUACUAGGGAUAUACGAGCAAUCUAUAGGUAGAAGGAGCCCGGCAGGAGGCAUCGACACAAGGCAACAGCUGAGUUGCCAUGAAUUUGCGAAGCUGCAUGUCUCUGUGGAUAGAUAGAUAGAUAGGCUGGUUAAUUGCGGUGUGGGAAAGGAGGAAACGUCACACAGUGUUGUUUAGCCAAGACAUUUUCCUGUGGUUGGUGGCGAAUCAUUCGAUGUGCAAUCAGAUGUGUGGAAAAGACAAAAAAAAGGAGAUGUAAAAGAGGAGCAUGAGAAUAAGGCUCAGAACGAAUGAGGCAGUUUGACGCAUUUGAAAAAACACAGCAUGUUGGAUGAAAUUAGAAUAAAGCCCCGGGC